AGCCCAACGUGAUACACAUGUACCUGAGGCGCCCGUGCAGGCCAUGCGCUCUCCGCGUGUGGUGAGAGGGAAGAAGGUCCAUGCUGCCGAAGACCGCGAUUGGCUGAGCGACGACGACUCGUUUCUUGACUCGGAGGAGAUGGAGUGGGACGAUGGUGACUUUGUCGAUGGUCCACACACAGCAGUGGAUCAACCGACAAGGGCGGAGGUCAACCAGCAAGGACAAGCAUGGCAGCUGCCCUCCUCCACCCAUCAGCCCUCCUCUUCCCAGGGCCGGCGCCAGAGGCAUGUCCCCACCUCCGUGCCAUGUACCUCGCAGCAGGCCCCAGGCGAUGAGCUUUUGACAGCGGAAGUGCCGCUUGUCAUAGGCACCACAUGUGCAGCAACUGAUACGGUUACCCGGGCCAUCUUUGAAGCGCAACGUCGUCGGAAUCAAGAGCUGCAACGGCGGGUUUUGGAGUUGGAGGCGGAGUUGACGCGUCGCAGUAUGGGUCCAGCACUGGCCCAGCAGGGUGGCAUGCCCAGCACGGUCGGCGGUGGGCUGCAACACCGGGAAGUUGUGCGGGAGUACAUGAUCAAGGCUAUCGAAAUACUCUUCUUCCUCGCAAGCAACGAAGGCUUCACCAUUUGCACCUUCGGUUGUCCCAAACCUUGCCACCGUUCCUCUCCCAACAACCCUUGACCAUCAAAACCCCCAUCUAAUCCCUUCCUCUCUAAGCCUUCAACUCCACACAUAUCCAUAUACAGUAUACUUGAUGUCCUCAUCUCCCAUCCGUCCUCAUCUCCCAUCCGCCCUCAUCGCCCAUCCGUCCUCAUCUCCCAUCCGUCCUCAUCUCCCAUCCGUCCUCAUCUCCCAUCCAU